AUGUCUCCACGCGCGCAGGGUUCGCAGGCCCGUCGGUCGGCCAGCAACUUCGUGCCCAUGGUUGGCAACUUCAGUGUUCAGUACAACUUCACUUCAGCAUCAAUCGCUGUUCACAUCCUCAGUGACCCAGGAUACCUUGGCCAUGCUCUCCGCGAGGAGCCAAAGUGGGCUGAUAACCUGACUUUGGCAACGGUGUUCCUCGGGGCAAUGGUCGGAAUGUUGGUCAUGGGACGCCUUGGCGACAUGGUGGGCAGAGCUCGUGCGAUGCAGGUGACCCUGGCGUUCACUGUGCUUGGCUCAUUGAUCCCAGCAUGUGCCUUCGGGGGUAGCGACACUACGUAUGCAGUCGUGUGCAUUGGCCGGAUGGUCCUGGGAAUUGGUGUAGGUGGAACCUAUCCCCUCUCUGCAGUGAGCUCUGCUGAGGGCUGUGAGGAAUCGCUUUCGCGAGGAAAGCAUGUGGGCCAGGCUUUUUUCCUGCAGCAAUUUGGCCAGCUUGCUCCAUACUUGGUGGCGAUGCUCCUGCUAGCGCUGUUUCAGCCUUCCACUCCCGCUGAAUGGGUUCCCCAGCUACAAUUUCGACUGCUGUUUGCACUUGGGGCAGUUCCCGCUCUUGUGGUUUUGGUGUCCUCCUUCAACGAGCAGGACUCGGAGGAGUUCACGGAAGCACAAGUAGCGCAAGCCCGGGGCAGCCUGCGGCUGCGCCAUGCAGGCGUCGCCUCCACGCUGCUAGGCACUGCCGGUUCCUGGUUUUUCUAUGAUACUGCCUUCUACGGCACAACGAUCUUCGCGCCGACCAUCCUCGAGCGAAUGUGUCUCACAGGUUCCAUGGUGGAUGGGCGCUGUCAGCAGUCGCUGCAGCAGAUCUCGCUACAGUCCGCCAUCAUAACAGCGAUGGGCAUCCCAGGCUGCUAUGCUGCGAUGAUGAUGAUCGACAGGAUGGGUUGCAAACGUCUGAAUGCCUACGGCUUCCUGGCUCUCGCAGCGUCUUUCGCCGCGCUGGCUUUGGCCUGGAUGCUGGCACCGCAGCUGCAUUUUCUGCACUUCGUGCUCUUUUGCCUUCUGACUUUUCUGCUCAGUUGGGGUCCUAACCUUGGCACCUACGUUCUCCCAGUUAUCUGCUUCCCCACGGUUAUCCGGAGCACAUGCCACGGCUUAUCCAGUGCAGGUGGCAAGGUUGGUGCUGUUGCCGGCGCUUUGAUCUUCCCGCCCAUCAGCACAGGCCCUUGCGGCAUCACGGGAGUGCUCUGGCUCCAAGCCGUGAUGUGCCUGCUGGGGGCAGUCGUCUCCUGGGCCUUCCUGAAGCACGACUGGGAAUACAUGGCAUCUGGAUCUGGCAGCUUCACGUUCAGCGUGGAAGUCGCCGGGCCGAUCUUGGCGCAGGGGAGCUGA